AGAAAUUUAAAUGCCAGAAGAGCAAAACCAAACUAUGAUGGCAGUUGAUGAGCUUCAAGCCAUAAUACAACGAUGCCAAAUUCUGGAAGAAGCUGAUUUCAGCGGAGAAGAUUUUACUUUAUUUCAGGUAGCAGGCCAGAAAUGUUUAGAAGAUGGGUAUGCAGCUCAGUUAUUAGAAGUAGUUCAAAAUGAGAAAAAUAAGGUUAUCAUCAAGAAUAUGGGUUGGAAUCUCAUUUGUCCUCUUGUUAGAUGUAUUUUAGUGUAUAAAGAGGAAGAUGAUAAUAGAGAACACUGCCUGAAGAUACUAGAUCUGCUGGUGCAGCUAUGUAACGCAAAGGAACUUUUUUUAGGUUUACUUGAGCAGAUUGAGCAGACCUCUGGAGAGCAAGUAUGCAAAACUGUCAUGUUAUUGCUUCAGCCUUUGCAGACAGUGCUUUUCAAACUUCAGAACAAGAAGGCCUACUCAGUGGGUUUAUCUUUGGCUGUGAUAAUGAAUCAGUUUACUCCGUUGCCCGUUCCUUACACGAAACAACAAAUACAAGAAGAUAAACUUGGUCUCUGUCAAUGUUGUAAUGCUGUUGUUGACUUUGCUAAACCUUUUGUGAAUGAAGUUGUUAAAAACAUGGAAAAGUCAUCAGAAUGCAAUGAUACAGAGCUGAAGGAAGAAUUACUAAAAUUCUGUAUGAAAAGCCUCAAAUACCCAUUGUUAACAGCUCAGCUUGACCAACUUGAAAGCAUUGAAGAACAUCCCUUUAGGCGCUUCGCAAGUGAAAUUAUAGACAUCUUAUGGGAUAUGAGAGAAUUGGUACAAUUAGUGUUUUCACAUAAUAAAUGCAGAAGUCAGUCCUGGGAGAAUGAGGAGUUUGCAGACAUAGAACGAAAGAAUUCUGCAGAUUCUUUGGCGUGUCUGUCAUAUCUGAUGUUUGUUCAGUAUUUUGGUAUUGAUUGCUUUCCUGUGGUAUUUAGUCCAUCAUACCUGCUGCAAUGCAAUAUGGUACACAUUGAAGUCCUACUGAAAAGAACUGAAGAAUCAGUUUUAUCUAAAGGACUUGAUCUGUUUGAGAGCGCGUUAUUAAGAAUGGAAGAUAAUAGCCUGCUCCACCAGUAUUUAGAAUUCAGCAACUUUAUUACUGUACCUCAGAAUUUGGUGAAAGUUAUGACUCUUUGUCCCAUAGAGCAUCUGCGGAAGAAAAGUUUAAAUAUUUUGCAGUUAUUCAUAAACAAGUUUGAUGCAGAGGGAAAAUACACAUUAUUCAGAUGCUUACUGAAGACAAGCAACCAUGCUGGUGUGGAAGGAUACGUUAUUAAAAAUAUAAAAGAUCAGAUUCACUUAGCAUUAAUGAAGGUAGGUGACAACAGCUGGUUUACAGGACAUCACCUCAUCUCCCUUCUAGAUCUAGUACUUUUGCUUCCUGAUGGUGCUGAGACAGAUCUUCUGCAAAAUUCAGAUAGGAUUAUGGCAUCACUAAAUCUGCUAAGAUACUUAAUGAUUAAAGAUAGUGAAUAUGAUAAUCAGACUGGCGUAUGGAACAUGCUUGCCAAGAUUGAGCAAAAUUUUUUAAAACCACUGCAUGUGGGACUCAAUAUGUCAAAAGCUCAUUAUGAAGCAGAAAUAAAGAGUAAGAAAGAAAAUAGAAGAGAUUCAAACAGUUUGAACACAGUCUGUUCUGUAACUGUUAGUGGGGAAAAGAUGCCCGCCAUGACUACUGAAAUGCAGCUUCAGGUUUUACGCUCAGCUCUCUUCACAUUUGAUUUAAUAGAAAGUGUUUUAGCGCGAGUGGAAGAACUCAUUGAAGUGAAAACAAAAGCUGUAACAUGAAUAUAUUCGUCUCAGCUGAAACAUUUGAAUAAACAUACUUCUUGAAAGCUGAUUUUAGCAAUUAGAUGUUAAUCGAAAAGGAGGCUACCACACUUUAAAGGAGAG